AUGCUGUCCCAUUUAUUCAAUGCCCACGGUCAGUUCUGUGCCAGCCACCCCUGGGAGGUGCUGAUCGGCACAGUGACCGUCACAAUCUCAUUGAUGUCCAUGAGUUUGUGGGCUGCAAACAGCAAGGUCUGUGGCUGGAACUACAUUUGCAAAAAUGAAGAGGAGAUGAAGAGUUCAGACAUGAUAAUACUCUCGCUGACCCAGUGUCUUGCUGUUAUGUACAUUUAUCUGCAGUUCAGGAACUUGAGGAAACUAGGAUCAAAAUACCUUUUAGGUCUUGCUGGAGUAUUCACUAUAUUUUCCAGCUUCAUCUUAAGCAUAGCAAUAGCUAAUUUAAUAGGAUUUGAUCUGAAGGGCCUCAAUGAAGCUCUGCCAUUUUUUCUGCUCCUUGUUGACCUUUCCAAAGCCAGUGCCCUGGCUCGGUUCUCUCUGACGGCUGCUAGCCAAGAUGAGCUUCAGAAGAACAUUGGGAGAGGUAUGGCUAUCAUUGGACCUGCCAUGACUUUGGAUGCACUUGUGGAGACUUUGGCCAUUGGAGUAGGCACACUUUCUGGUGUGAGACAGCUAGAGACCAUGUGCUGCUUUGGAUGUUUGUCCGUGAUUGCCAACUACCUGGCCUUCAUGACUUUCUACCCAGCCUGCUUGUCACUUGUACUUGAGGUAUCUCGUGAUCGUAACCAGGGCAGACCGCAUCAUCUUCAGCAACUGGCCAAAGUGUUGCAGAAGGAGGAGGAAGAGAAAAAGACAAACCCUGUAACACAGCGAGUGAAAAUUAUUAUGUUCUGGUGCAUGCACACAGUCGCUUUGCAGCAGAUGCCGAUGUCACAUCUGGGACAAGCCUUUUCGUCAAAAAUUGUAGGAGAUGAGAGAAUACACCCGGAGUAUCCUCUUUGGCAGUUUUAUAUCACAAGAUUUCUGGCACCAAAGUUAGACUAUGGACUGACGCUGAUCCUGACCUUGGCGCUGGCUGUGAAGUAUGUGUUCUUUGAUGACAAGGUGGACCAGGAUGUGCAGAGACUGUUGAAGAUUGAGGCACCUAAACAAAAUGGAGUUGCACAUUCGUCCACAAACAGUACACAGGUCAUAUCCCCUCCGCCAGCAAAAGAAGUUAAACACUGCAAUGGUCUAAUACUACCUGCUGUGGAGAAGCUGCCAGAGGUCAAACCUGCAUUUUUCUUGGGCUCCCAGGAUUCAGAUGAGACCAGCUCUGAGGAAGAGACCAGGAAAGACAAUGAGCCAUCAGGCAGUCAUAAGGAGACACAGACAGACCCAGACAUCACCAGGCUUGACCAGAAAGAAGAUGACAUCCAGGCUCCACAUUUCUUAUAUGAACCAGAUCUGUCCGACAAGGCCCCACGACCAGUUGAUGAGUGUCUGUCCAUUAUGAACUCAGACAUUGGCCCCCAGGCACUAUCGGAUGAAGAAGUGAAGAUGCUUGUCAUUUCUAAGCAUAUACCUGCGUACAAGCUGGAGAGUAUGCUUGCCAAUCACACCAGAGGAGUAGCCAUCAGACGACAAAUACUGGCUGAAGAAUUGCCAUCAAAGAAUGCUUUGGAUUCUCUACCUUUCAUGAAUUAUGAUUACAAAUAUGUUGACGGAGCUUGCUGUGAGAAUGUCAUUGGUUACAUGCCGGUCCCUGUUGGUGUUGCUGGCCCUCUGCUCUUGGAUGGGGUUCUCUUCCAUGUUCCCAUGGCGACCACUGAAGGAUGUUUGGUGGCCAGUACAAAUAGAGGCUGUCGAGCUUUACAGCAAAGUGGAGGAGUUACAAGUGUUGUUACCAAUGAUGGUAUGACAAGAGGCCCUGUAGUUCGAUUUCCAACAGCAAAAAGAGCCAGCUGUGGCUGGAAACACGCGACAACUUUCGACCUCUUGAAGGAAUGCUUUGAUGCCACCAGCAGGUUUGCUCGACUGAAGAAGCUGCAUAUUGGCCAAGCUGGCAGAAGUUUGUAUAUAAGAUUUGUGUCCACCACCGGAGAUGCCAUGGGAAUGAACAUGUUAUCUAAGGGCUCUGAGAAAUCACUGAAUAUGUUGAUAGAGAUUUUUCCUGACAUGGAAAUCAUCAGUCUCAGUGGCAACUAUUGUACUGACAAGAAGCCUGCAGCAAUCAACUGGAUUGAGGGUCGUGGAAAAUCUGUUGUGUGUGAGGCAAUCGUGAAAGCCAAUGUGGUCAAAAACACUUUGAAGACAACGGUGCCAGCUUUGGUUGAGCUCAAUGUCAGCAAAAAUCUGGUAGGCUCUGCGAUGGCGGGCAGUAUUGGGGGCUUCAAUGCACAUGCAUCCAACAUUGUCACGGCUGUCUACAUCGCAUGUGGCCAGGACCCUGCUCAAAACAUUGCAAGCUCAAACUGUAUGGUGUUGAUGGAAGCAGCUGGGCCCCUCGGUGAUGACCUUCACAUUUCAUGCACCAUGCCCUCUAUUGAAGUCGGCACUGUUGGUGGGGGCACUGUGUUACCACCCCAGGCCUCAUGUUUGCAGAUGCUGGGCGUGAAGGGAUCUAACAUAGAGAAUCCUGGUGAGAAUGCCCGACAGCUUGCUCGAAUUGUUUGUGCCACAGUUUUGGCAGGAGAGCUCUCACUCAUGUCUGCUCUGGCAGCUGGACACUUAGUCAAGUCACAUCUCAAACACAACAGAUCUACCCUAAACAUGGCUCCCACAGCCAGCAAAGUCACAGAGCCUACUACCCUUUUAAGGCAUGCAGCCACAACUCCCGGCAUGUGCACAAGUCAGGCAUCAUAA